GCUUGGCUUGCCAUACCCGGGGCAGCAUUCCGGCGCGGAUGUUUUAGCAGCUCGGUCGGGCUGUGUUGUUCCUCCGUGAUCCGCGCUGUUAUCGCAUUCGUGGCUUCUUACAUACACAAUAGCCGGGCUCAGCAAGAAACUUUGAGCCCUUAAGGACAUCGAGUGACGUAACCUUGUAGCGUUAUGCCUCAAAGAGGCAGCUAAAACCCUUCAGGAUGUCUUUCUCUGUGCGGAUGAUCGGCAAAGUUGGGACGAGACUUCGGGGAAGUCUUCAGACUCUUCACUGCGGCUUCACCCGUCCUCAUCUGGCGACAUUUCUAGAACAAGUUCAUCACAGACAUGCUGCCCUUGGAAGUCGCAGAGCUCUUCUCUUCAGCACACUAGCUCCCUCUUGUGACUUGUCUUUGGAGUAUAAACAUGGCCGUCUGGUGCUGGAGGUGCCACUGCCAUCCAGACAUGAGAAGUGUCUGUUCUUCCUCAGGCCCAUGCUGAUGAAUGUGGGAGAUCUGAUCACGGAUCUGCAGCGGGAGGACUCUGGGCUGACAGCUGCUGUUCUCUCCAAAGAUGGGGAGCGUGUUGCUAACUCCACGCUAAUAGAAGCCCUCCUGGGCAAAGACUUCCUCCUCGUCAUUAAUGAUGUUUGCUACAACGUCUGCCCUCCUGAAAAAGUGUUUGCCACCAGUGAGCAUGCCACGGACAUAGAGGACAUGAAACAUGUCGUGCACCUGCUGCACACCGCUCUUCACCUGCCUGAACACCACCUUCUGAGAGAGAGGCAGUUGCUGGAGAAACUGGACAACCUCAAACAGGAGUUAACACCUCUGGAGAAGAUGAAGGCACAGCUGUCCCAGACAGCUGAGUUCCACAGCUCCAGGGUUCUGUGGACCGGCAUGGCGCUGCUGUCUGUUCAGGGCGGGGCCCUGGCUUGGCUCACCUGGUGGGUCUACUCGUGGGACGUCAUGGAACCGGUCACUUACUUCAUCACGUAUGGGACCAGCAUCGGAAUUUUCGCCUACUAUGUUCUGACCAAACAGGAUUAUGUAUAUCCAGAUGCCAAAGACAGACAGUUCCUGCAUUACUUUUAUAAGGGGGCCAGAAAGAGAAGAUUCGACGUGAAAAGAUACAAUGAACUGAAGGAGGAACUAGCUGAGGUGGAGGAGGAUCUGAGGCGUCUGAGAAAUCCAACCCAGCUUCAGCUGCCACUAGAACAGAUCCAGCCAAGGCCAUAAACCAAACCUGAGAUCAAUGUCAACACAGUCAAACAGACGCUUCCCUUUUUUCAUAAUAAUCUGGAAUUCAGAGGAUCAUGAGUUGUUUAGUGUUGUGAUGCCAACAAAUAUAAUAAAAAGGUGUUUUUUUUCCAA